CUGGGUGUGGUUUGUUGCAUGAAGUUACACAACGAGGCAGAAUGGUAGAUAGAUUCUGAAAUUUGCUUUCACUUCCGCAACAAAUCUACUCUUCUCUCUCUGAAACAAAAAUGAGCAGCAACACAUUAAAACAAGUUUGGAGGAGGACUUCAGAUGAAGAGGGACCACUUGUUUCCUGUGGCUGUUGGAGAGGAACUGACGCCUGCUGAUACAAAACCUCCUGGACAGCUUUUGCAGGGGGCCCAUAAUGACGAAACAUAAAGAGGAGCUCUUUAAAAUUCUGGCAAAAUUAAAAGAAGAUGAAUUUAAGGAUUUCAAGUGGUUCCUGGAGCAGGAUGGCAACCUGGAGGGCUUUUCAGGCAUCCCAGUGGCUCAACUGGAGAAUGCAGCAAAGACACGCACAGUUGAUCUAAUGGUACAGAAAUAUCAGGAGCCUGGAGCUCUGCUGCUGACCAAGAAGGUUUUAGAAAAGAUCAACAGGAAUGAUCUGGUGCAGCAUUUACAAAACACCUGCUCAGGACCAAAAGCCUUUGGGUCUACACCUCCAACAAAUUGCAACAAUAAUGAACUGAUCAGGAUUGUGAUGGUGGGGAAGACUGGAGUUGGGAAGAGCGCCACAGGAAACACCAUUCUGGGAAAACAGUGCUUUAAAUCACAUUUAUCUCCUGCAUCUUUGACAGAACACUGUAAAAAGGCUUCUGGUGAGGUGGAUGGACAAAAGGUUGCUGUUAUUGAUACUCCGGGCCUGUUUGACACCAUACAGACUGAAGAGGGAACAAAUAGAUAUAUUGCCGAGAGUAUUUCUUAUGCUUCACCUGGACCUCAUAUCUUCCUGGUUGUCAUCAAACUGGGCAGAUUCACAGAGGAGGAAAAACAUACAAUAGAGAAGAUUCAGGAAAUCUUUGGUGAGGAAGCCAACAAAUACAGCAUGAUUCUCUUUACCCAUGGUGAUCUGCUCAAAGGGAAAGCUGUUGAGGAGUUCUUGAGGGAAAGUGAAGAUCUGCAGGAACUUGUGGCUAAAUGUAACAAUCAGUACCACGUGUUCAAUAAUGAGGUGGAGGAUCGUUCUCAGGUCAAGGAGCUGCUCAAUAAGAUAAGAAAUAUAAAUGUGCAGAAUGGAGGAAGCUACUACACCACCGAAAUGUUCCAAAAGGCAGAGAGAGCGAUAGAAGAGGAGAAACUACGAAUCCUGAAAGAGGAAGAAGAGCAGAACCGCAAAGAGCAGGAGAAACUGAAGAGGGAACUAGAGGAAGAAUAUCAGCAAAAGCUCAGACAAGUUUUUUCAGUCGUCAGGUCUACACCUCGCACCACCUACAACAAUAAUGAGCUGAUCAGGAUUGUGUUGGUGGGGAAGACUGGGGCUGGGAAGAGCGCCACAGGAAACAGCAUUCUGGGUCAAAAGUGCUUUGAAUCAGAAUUCUCUGCUGAAUCUUUGACAGAAUGCUGUGAAAAGGUUUAUGGUGAGGUGGAUGGACAAAAGGUUGCUGUUAUUGACACUCCGGGUCUGUUUGACACCAGGAACAAUAAAGAGAAGACAGUUGAAGAUCUUGCCCAGAGCAUUUCUUAUGCUUCACCUGGACCUCAUAUCUUCCUGGUUGUCAUCAAACUGGGCAUAUACACAGACGAAGAAAAGCAGACGGUGCAGAAGAUCCGGAAAAUCUUUGGUAAGGAAGCCGACAAAUACAGCAUGGUUCUCUUUACCCAUGGUGACCUGCUCAAAGGGAAAACUAUUGAGGAGUUCUUGAAGGACAGCAAAGAUCUGAGGGAACUUGUGACCAAAUAUAACGGCUGGUACCACGUGUUCAAUAAUGAGGUGAAAGAUCAUUCUCAGGUCAGCAAGCUGCUAGAUAAGAUAAGAAACAUAAAUGUGCAGAAUGGAGGAAGCUACUACACCAACAAAAUGUUCCAAAAGGCAGAGAGAGCGAUAGAAGAGGAGAAACAACGAAUUCUUAAAGAGAGAGAAGAGCAAAACUGCAAAGAGCAGGAGACACUGAGGAAGGAAAUAGAGGAAAAGUUUCAGCAACAGCUCAGAGAGGUGAAGGGUGACAUUGAGAAGCAGAAUAAAUUAAUGGAAGAACGUGAAAUAGAAAUCAAAAAGAAAAUGAAAAAACUGAAGGAAAAGCAAGAACUUCAAGCUAGAAAGAUAGCAGAGGACAGCAGCGGGAUCAUCCAAAUGCUAGUUUCAAGUUUUCCACUGCUCCUUUCAUUUUCCUUGCCAUUUUUCUUUUGGAAAAGAUAACAAUACAAACACGAGUAGCAUGAACACCAAAGCAAAAAAUCUGUUUCUCCCGUGCAUGCCAACCCACAUUCAGUGUAAAAUUAAAUGAAUUAUAUAACUAAUAACUAAACAAUUUGUCUUUAUAUGAAUAAAUAAUGAAGAUCCGUUCCAAGUAUGACAAUUAAAAGUUUGACACCUAGAGGCUAUUUGAAACUAGGAUAGAUGAAGACAACAAUUAAAGAUAUUGCUCAGUGCAUUUCUUAUGCUUCUCCUGGACCCCAUACCUUCCUGGUAGUACAGCCAGUAAUAUGUGUUCAUUAAUGACUUUAAGGAUCAUUCUCAGGUCAAACAGCUGUUCAAGAAGAUCAGAAUGGAGCCACCACACCACUAAAAUGUUCCAAAGAGCAGAGAGAGCAAUCAAAGAGAAGAAACAACAACAAUAAACAUGAGAAAAAAACUGAAGGAACACCAAGAAUUUCAAGCUAAAGGCCAAGAAGAGAAAUUGAAUAAUCCAACAAAGACUUUCUGAUCCUGGACUGAAAAAGCUUUAAUUCACUGCUGUGACUUCUUGUAAAUCUUCACAUUCACUUUUUUCAUUUUCUUGUUUGGUCUGAUUUAUAAGUUCAGAAGUUGGAUGUUAAUCAAUAUUCUAUUGUUGGGCGUAUUUUGUAACAAUAGCAGAUAAUUCAUGGUUGAUAAUUAUUGUUUUAUUACUGGAUGUAUUUCUGCAAUAUUAGACCAUAUGUGUUAUUAAUCACACAAGAUGAUCAAUAAUUGUUCAGCAGUGCCACAGAUGGUCAAGAAGAUGUCGAUAAAUUCUUCCUUAAAAAAAUAAAUGACUAUUUUGUUUCU